CUACGUGGAGUGUUAGUUGGUAUUCACCGGAAAUGUUUCCCUGGCUUCUUUAACCAUGUAGCUCCUUGUGGUUGUUCUGUGUGUACCAACUGUAUUUUGGACAGUCCGGGAUGGGGAGAACUGGUCUGUAUGAGACGCUCGGACUUCAGAAAGCCGCGUCAGCAGGCGAAAUUAAAAAGGCCUAUCACAAAUUGGCAAAACAGUAUCAUCCGGAUAAAAACAAAGCGGCGAACGCGGAAGAGAAAUUUAAAGAAAUUGUGACUUCUUACGAAAUUCUGAAAGAUCCCGAGAAAAGGAGAGUGUAUGAUCUGCAACAAGAUACAGCUAGGCUUGUCAGAGAAAACGCACAAAAACAGGAGACAAAAAACAAAAGUACACCACGGGAAACGUAUAAACCAUAUACGUCAUUCAAAUCGGAGUUUAAAUGGUCAUCCAGUCAUACCACCGGGAACGGUAGUACAACUAGUGGCAGUGGGAACCAGGACAAUAACACUCGCACGUCGUUCCCCUCCGAAGAAGCAUCACAGAAAGGGAAACCCUCGCAGUCAAAAUCAAAAUCUAAAGCGAAAAAUGCACAGUUUGGGACUAAUGGAAAAUCACGAAACGGGAAAAAGAAACCGUGGCAGGGACCAAUGGACUCGGACGACUUUGGUUUUGACAUUCCAGGUCCAGGACCAAAACCGAGUUUUUCAUUUAGAUUUUUCUAUGAUGACCCGUUUUCACCAUUCAGAGAAUUUUUUGAACGGCACGGUUUCCCCUGGGACGACGAACCGGGUGAUUCGCUGAACGGUCGUAGAUAUAAAGAUCCAUUUGAUGAUAUGUUCUCUUGGAAUCCACAAAGCAGACAGCGAAGACAAUCACAGAAACCAGCUGAUGGACCAUUUGAUUUCUUUGAUAUUAAUGACCCAUUUCCACCUUUGAAUUGUGCAUUCUGUGGACACUUAUUUGAACUUUCUAACCUUAGAGCUCAUGAAGAAACCUGUAGAAGGCUUCAUACUAAACCAGAUCAGACAUUUGAUACUGGUGAUAGGUUCAGUAGUAUGUCUUUUUCUGAUGACACUCCAAGGGAUACCUCAAAUUGGAGAGAAAGACAUGAAGACACUCUAAGGAAAAUCAGACAGUCCAAAAAAGCUUCAAGGAGUGGUAGUAUGGACUCAUUUGAUUCAAUAGUCACAGAAUGUGAAAACUGUGGUCUGCAUUUCAGUCAUGAUGCUUACAAAAAGCAUGAACGCUUCUGUGUUCAGAAACAUGGAAAGAGCAAAGGUUCGAGUCAGUCUUUUCCAGAUUCUGGAUUUCCUAACUCAGGUAAUUGUGAUGAGGAAGAUGAGUAUGUAUAUCACCCACCGCCUUCCAAUGUUACAAAUGAUGCACCUUUUCCAUCACCUAGACAGUACAAAGGAUUCACUGGAAGACAGAGGCCCAAACCAGCGGAGAAUCCAGGUGUAAGGUUUCCACCUAUGACAAAGAAUGGUAAAGCAACACAUCUAACAACUACUUGUCAGUACUGCGGUACAGAUUAUGCAAAAUCUACAGCUAAGUUCUGUGGAGAGUGUGGAGCUAAGAGAUCAUCGGGAACAAACAUUCGCUUUUGA